CCUCGCCGCCUAGCGGUGAGCCGGCUCCAGGGACCCCGGAAGUGAUCUUUUCUCUUCCGGAUUACGAGUCCGGACCUCCGCACGUGGUUGCCGGUGUUUGGGUACUGCUGCGGUGGCGGUACGUUCCCGGUGCUGCCUGCCUCAGCGUGAGGGAACCGAGCCGCAGCGAGAGCCAUGGAGGGCCAAAGCGUGGAGGAGCUGCUGGCCAAGGCAGAGCAGGAGGAGGCGGAGAGGCUGCAACGCAUCACCGUUCACAAGGAGCUAGAGCUGGAAUUCGACCUGGGCAACCUGCUGGCUUCGGACCGCAACCCGCCGACGGUGCUGCGCCAGGCCGGGCCCUCACCGGAGGCCGAGCUGCGGUCCCUAGCGCGGGACAACACGCAGCUGCUCAUCAACCAGCUGUGGCAGCUGCCGACCGAGCGCGUGGAGGAGGCGGUCGUGGCGCGCCUGCCGGAGCCCGCCACCCGCCUGCCCCGGGAGAAGCCGCUACCCCGGCCGCGGCCGCUCACCCGCUGGCAGCAGUUCGCGCGCCUCAAGGGAAUCCGUCCCAAGAAGAAGACCAACCUCGUGUGGGACGAGGUGAGUGGCCAGUGGCGGCGCCGUUGGGGCUACAAGCGCGCCCGGGAUGACACUAAGGAAUGGCUGAUCGAGGUGCCCGGGAGCGCCGACCCCAUGGAAGACCAGUUCGCCAAGAGGGUUCAGGCCAAGAAAGAACGCGUGGCCAAGAAUGAACUGAACCGUCUGCGGAACCUGGCCCGCGCGCACAAGAUGCAGAUGCCCAGCUCAGCCGGCCUGCACCCUACGGGACACCAGAGUAAGGAGGAGCUGGGCCGCGCCAUGCAAGUGGCCAAGGUCUCCACCGCGUCGGUUGGCCGCUUCCAGGAGCGCCUCCCCAAGGAGAAAGCUCCCCGGGGCUCCGGCAAGAAGAGGAAGUUUCAGCCCCUCUUUGGGGACUUCGCAGCCGAGAAAAAGAACCAGUUGGAGCUACUUCGAGUCAUGAAUAGCAAAAAACCUCAGCUGGACGUGACGAGGGCCACCAACAAGCAGAUGAGGGAAGAGGACCAAGAGGAGGCUGCCAAGAGGAGGAAAAUGAGCCAGAAAGGCAAGAGAAAAGGGAGCCGGCAAGGACCUCCCGGCAAGAGAAAGGGCGGCCCGCCGGGUCAGGGAGAGAAAAGGAAAGGAGGCUUGGGAGGCAAGAAGCAUUCCAGGCCUCCUGCUUUAGGUGGCAAGAAGAAAGGAGUGCUGCACCAAGGUGGGAAGAGGAGGAAGUAGCGUUUCCCCGCUGGACCCGUUCUGAAAUGCUAGGACUGUACUCAAGGUUUACCUGUGCCUGGUGCAGGCUGCUUCAGGAGGUGGCGCUUCCCUCAUGACGGGUGACAUUGAAGGAACAGGUUUGCUUCCCCUUGAGUCAGUGCUGGACUACGAGUUAAUGGAGACACUGACUGGAAAAUGGUGUAUUUUGAGAACAUGAGAACCAGGAAUAAGUUAAGGCCUGCCUUUUUUUUUUUUUUUUUGGUCUUUGGAUACUGGGUAGGGUUGCUCAGAUUUCUGAAUUAUUCUAGAUUGGUUUCAACGUUUUUGCAUUAUUUUUAUAACAAGGCGUGUAUAUUUAUCAAAGCAGGGAGGAUAGGGGAAAAUUAAGCUGCCUGUGAUUUACAAGUAUUGUAAAGAUAUGCGGUACCUGGUGUUGCUUUUAACUUUUACUGUCGGUAGAGGUUGUAUGUAAAGCUAGUAACCUGGGUACCAAUAUGGAGUGUGCUUGAAAAAAAACGAAGUAGUUACAAUGGCUAUAAAAAGACCCCUCGUAUUAGGAAAACUUUGGCACUAACUAUAAUAUUAAAAGUACAGUACUUUGGUUCAAGUGUUGGUUCAGGUGGCGCAUUUGACCAAUGAAUUGCUUUAAGUGAUGAGUUGGAACCACACUAAGUAAUGGUAAUUAACCUUGUUACUCCAGAAGAUAGUUGUAGCUUUUGUUUAAUUGGCUUGCGUUUUAGUUUUUAUCAAGUACUGGGCUGGAAUUCACUGUGGAGCUAAAGCUAACCUGGAACUCAAGGCCAAGUGCUGAGCUUAUAAACGAGCAGCUACACCCAGCAGCAGAUUUCAUGUUUGCUUCUGUCCCGGAUGUUUUUCCCUGUUUCAUUGCCGUAUUUUGAUCUUAAUAAACUUAUCUUUGCAUAAUUAA